AUAAGUUGUUCUGCCCAGUGACUUAUGAGUACAGUAUGAUACCCUGUGUUUUUACUUCUUUCCUUUUUUAAGACACUCCCCCCCCCCUAUUGCACCCUCCGGUAUAUAAAUUCUCCUCGAGAGGAUUACUCACUAGAGACAGUGGAGGGAACUCCCAAGGACACAGUCAUGAGUAAAGAGCUGCGGAGUAAGACGUUCUGGAGGGCUGUCUUUGCCGAGCUGCUGGGUAUGACCCUGUUCAUAUUCCUCAGCAUUGCUGCUGCCAUAGGAAACCAAAACAAAGAUGGUCCUGACCAGGAGGUCAAGGUGGCCCUCUCUUUCGGCCUGGCUAUAGCAACCUUAAACCAGAGCCUGGGCCAUGUGAGCGGCGCCCACCUGAAUCCGGCUGUCACCUUGGGGCUGCUAACGAGCUGCCAGAUAAGCAUCCUGAGGGCCGUGAUGUACAUCCUGGCACAGAUGCUGGGGGCGACCGUGGCCAGUGGCGUUGUUUACGGAGUUAGACCCAGCAACGUCAGCGGACUGGCCGUCAACACCCUAAACAGAAUCACCCCAACCCAAGGCAUUGGCAUUGAGCUACUGGCCACCUUCCAGCUGGUCCUGUGUGUCAUAGCAUCUACCGAUAAGAGGCAGCUUGGCGCGGGGAUCGUGGUCCCGCUGGCAGUCGGCCUUUCAGUAUGCCUCGGACACCUGGCUGCAGUCAGCUACACAGGUUGUGGUAUAAAUCCUGCCCGUUCCUUUGGUCCAGCUGUUGUUACGGGCAACUUUGAAAACCACUGGGUGUACUGGGUGGGGCCUCUGUGUGGAGGUGUCAUGGCUGCCCUCGUUUACGACCUUGUCCUAUGCCCCAAACUUCAUUUGUCUGACCGUGUGACGGUUCUGCUCAGUGGUCGAGGUGGGGAGUGCAGCAUCACCAAGCCAGAAGAAAUGGCUGAAAUUGAAGUGCCAUCCAAGGUCUGAAAUAUCUUAAAGUGCCGUAUUAUAAUCUAUGUAUUAGCAUCAUGUGAUAGUCAUGCUUUAUUAUGUACUUUGGAAUUCGGGGGUUAAGAGCCUUGCUCAAGGGCCCAAUGGAAAAGUGUCUAUUCAGCUGAGGACGGGAUUCAAACCAGCAACCUUCCAAUCAGGGGCACAGAAACCUAAUCACAUAAUCACACACAACAGUACGACAGGUUGAACUGGUUUAAAACAAGUAAAUGAUUUUGCAGUAUGUUAUAUAUAUGCGCAACCCUCAGUGGAUAAUUUGUUAUUGAAAAUACAGGGAUUACUCCAUUUGUGUAUUUACUUAGGUUGCAAAAAAUAAGUAAUAAUUUGGUUUCUAUGUUACUUGUGCAGUAAAUUUGUUUGUUACCUGCAAAUUUCUUGUUGGUUUCUGUCAGUACGCAUUAUGUAUUAUACUUUGGAACACAACAUUCUUGCAUUAUGGCACAUUUGACUUGAAAAGAAAUGAAGAUCUCUGUGAUCUGUUCCAGUUUAUAAUUCACCGCUUGUGUUAUGGAGCGGACAUAUGAAGUGUAUAUUGUGUAUGAUGAAAUGAUGAAAGUGUGCCACUUGAAUAACUGAUUUGAAAUGCAAUCAAAUGCAAUCAAACACCCUUAAUCAGUUUCAAAUAUAAUAAGGAAAAACAUAAGGUACAUGCAAACAGACAUUGUUCCUCAUCAAGGUUAUAAUCUGGAGACAGUAGGGCCCACCAAAUCCUUCUCCGUCCAAAACUUAUUACAUAGAUGUAUUACAUAGAUGUAUUCAUGCAUCACAGGUGCACUCAGUAAAUGAGUAGCUUGGAUUACUCAAACCAGCAAAGAAUCUGGUUUAACGCUUAACACUUAAUGCUAAUGUUCAUGAAACACACAUUACAGCAACUUAGACUGAUUUCCCUUAAGAAGCCAUGUUUCUCUGGGCUGCUUGUGGAAGUUUGAUUAGCAAAAUGACCUUCCGGCUUGCAAAAGCAUUUCACUCCACUAUACUACUACAAAGACAAUUGUGAGGUUCCAGCUUGAAACAAAUUACUUUUUGCUAAUGUGCAGAUAUACUCCAGGCUCUGGGGCUUUAUGAUAGCCACAUGCUAACAGCAUUGUCACAGCUCUUACUCUGGUUCAUUUCCACUGGAAAUAUAGCAGUCAGAUACACUUAUAGGGUUUAGUGCACAUGAACUGUGUCUAUAAAGGAGUUACUUUUCUGUUGUUUUUCUCUAAAAAUGCUGAGCAUUUUAACAGGACUACCAGUGUGUUUUCUAGUUUUGUUUUGUAGCUGUUGACAAAGAAUGUUAUAAACCUUGUUUGAACCAUA